AUGAAAUUUGCGAUUCUUUAUUUAUUUAUUUUCUUGAUAGCUGUCGACGCUAAAGGGGGUGGUGGUGGUGGUCGUGGCUCAUCAGGAUCUUCAGGUUCAUCUGGAUCAUCUCGAGGAUCUGGUUCUCCUUCAUCUAGUUCUUCUUCAUCUGGUUCUUCAUCGUCCGGAUCUAGCAGCCGUAAUUCAAAUUCAGGUCGUUUUGUCCCAAUUAUUAUAGCCAGUCCUCAUUCAAGUUCAAGCCAUUCAGACAAAUCUAAUAACGCAGAAAAUCGCCAAUCAGUUCCAACAAGUGCAGGUCAUCCUGAUGAUUCCAAAUUUCAAGCUUUUCAUAAUUUUCUCUUUUUAAAGCUUUACGACAAGGAGCUUAAGAUGAUAUCUAAAAUGUAUUUUGCAAUUAAUAUAAAGACUUUUGCUGAUAAUCUUGUUUCAAGUUCAAAGAGGUCCAUGAAUUUUGGGAAAGCUCCAGCCUCAUCAAGUUCCAGCCAAUCAUCGAGUCAAAAUGGACAAAGCUCCAGUAGCAGCAGCAGUUCAAAUUCUAAUGGAUCUAUCAAGUUCAGCUCUAGUUCUAGCAGCAGUGCUUCAAACAAUGGAAACAGUCAAGCUUCUGCGCAGUCAAGUAGUAAUGGUGGAGCUUUAUACUUUUCAGGAGCUAAAAAUCCUCCGUCAGGAGCUGGAAACGCUCCAUUAAAAUCAACCCACAAACCUGUUGCAAAAGGUGGAGAUGUUAGUUUAUCGGAAUUUGCAUUUUAA